GCCAUUUUGAGCCGGGUCCGGAGCGGGGACGGAGCGGGAGGCCAUGGAUGUGAGGCGGCUGCGCGUCAACGAGCUGAAGGAGGAGCUCGGCCGCCGCGGCCUCGACACCCGGGGCCUCAAAGCCGAGCUGGCCGAGCGGCUGCAGGCCACGCUGGAGGAGGAACGCCUCGGAGGGACGUGCCCGGAGCCCUUUUCGGACGGACACUAUGGCCUCGAUGACAACGAUCACCAGAACAACCUGCAUGGAUACCAGUCUUUUGAACAAUGCAACAUUAAGCAGGAGGAGGAAUCCGGGUACGAAAGGGUACCUCUAGACCCAGACCCUCCUAGCUUACAUUCAGAAAUGAAGACAGAAUUUAAACAAGAGGAUCCCAUCCCGGGCUACAAUAUGAGUUAUGGUGCUCCUUCUGGACCCCCUCCUAACUACAAUAGUUCACAGUCUGGCUACAAUGCACCACCUUCCAAUUAUGGCAUGUCUGAUUCAUCUCAAUCCUGGCAGCAACAGCAGCAAUACCAACAGGGCCGUAAAAGGCCAUUUGAAGAGUCACGGGGCCGUGGUUAUUAUGAACAUCGAGACGAUAAGAGAGGCCGAUCUCCUCAGCCACCUGCUGAAGAUGAUGAAGACAAUUUUGAUGACACUCUGGUGGCCAUUGAUACAUAUAAUUGUGAUCUACAUUUUAAAGUUGCUCGUGACCGAUACAGUGGCUACCCUCUGACCAUUGAAGGGUUUGCUUUCCUCUGGUCAGGUGCACGAGCCACGUACGGGGUGCGCCGUGGGCGGAUCUGCUAUGAAAUGAAGAUCAAUGAAGAGAUCUCUGUCAAGCACCUUCCUCCCACGGAACCUGAUCCUCAUGUUGUGCGCAUUGGCUGGUCACUGGACUCAUGCAGCACCCAGUUAGGCGAAGAGCUUUUCUCCUACGGCUAUGGGGGCACUGGAAAGAAAUCUACUAAUUGCAAGUUUGAGAAUUAUGGCGAAUGCUUUACUGAGAAUGACAUAAUCACUUGCCUUCUGGACUUUGAGUGUGGUGAUGACAUUGAGAUGUCUUUCAUGAAGAAUGGGAAGUGGCUGGGGGUAGCCUACCGGCUGCGGAAGGACAUCCUAGGCGGCCAAGCACUCUUUCCUCACGUCCUGGUGAAGAACUGCGCCAUUGAGUUCAACUUUGGUCAGAGAGAGGACACCUUCUUUCCCGUUCCACCGGGUUUCACCUUCAUUCAGCACCUUCCACUCUCAGAGCGAGUUCGAGGGACAAUUGGACCAAAGAACAAAGGAGAAUGUGAAAUCUUGAUGAUGGUGGGGUUACCUGCUGCUGGGAAGACCACGUGGGCCAUUAAGCAUGCUGCAGCCAACCCGGGCAAGAAAUACAACAUUCUGGGAACAAAUGCUAUCAUGGACAAAAUGAAGGUAAUGGGGCUUCGACGCCAACGGAACUAUGCCGGCCGUUGGGACGUUCUCAUCCAGCAAGCGACGCAGUGCCUGAACCGCCUCAUCCAGAUUGCAGCGCGAAAAAAGCGUAACUACAUCCUGGAUCAGACAAAUGUUUAUGGAUCUGCCCAGAGACGAAAAAUGCGCCCUUUUGAAGGUUUCCAACGCAAGGCUAUUGUUAUUUGUCCCACGGACGAGGACUUAAGAGAUCGAACAAUAAAGCGCACUGAUGAGGAGGGGAAGGAUGUGCCCGAUCAUGCAGUAUUAGAAAUGAAAGCUAACUUUGCCUUGCCAGAAGCAGGCGAUUUUCUCGACUCCGUCAUCUAUAUUGAGUUGCAGCGGGAUGAAGCAGAGAAGCUGGUGAGACAGUACAACGACGAAGGCAAGAGGGCUGGCCCACCACCGGAAAAGCGCUUUGACAACCGCGGUGGCGGCGGAGGAGGCGGCUUCCGUGGGCGAGGAGGAGGUGGAGGAGGAGGAGGAGGAGGAGGCGGCGGCAACUUCCAACGCUUUGAUAACCGAGGCCCACCAGUUGGCAACCGAGGGGGCUUCCAGAACCGUGGAGGUGGUGGUGGAGGACCUGGAGGUGGUGGAGGUGGGCCUGGAGGUGGCUUCAGAGGAGGCGGAGGAUCUGGUGGAGGAGGAGGAGGACCUGGAGGUGGCGGCGGUGGAGGAGGAGGAGGCUUCAACCGGGGUGGCUACAACCAGAAUCGCUGGGGAGGUGGAAACCGAGACAACAACAACAACAACCGAGGAAAUUACAACCGGAACAACCAGCCACAGAGCAGUUACAGCCCAGUACGCAACCAGAACACUUACAAGAGCAACAGUAGUACCAUGGCUCCUGCACCCCCUGCUCCUGCCCCACCUAGUACUUACAAUCAAGGACCACAGCAAAGCUACAGCCAGUCCUACAGCCCCCCAUCCAGCUACAACCAAGGUAGUUACGGAGCUUCGAGCUACAGCUACGGAAACUAUGGUGGUUACAGCCAAAGCUAUACCCAGCCUCCUCCACCACCACCACCACCGGCUCCAGCUGCGGCUCCCGCCCCAGCCCCGGUUCCAGCUCCAGCUCCAGCUCCAGCCCCACCGACCUACAAUCAGCCCAAUUAUAACCAGUACCAACAGUACAAUCAGCAGUGGAACCAAUAUUAUCAAAACCAGAGCCAGUGGCCCCCAUACUACGGCAGCUACGACUAUGGGAGCUACGCAGGCAACUCGCAGGGAGGCUCCAGUGCCCAGUGAGGACUCCGCAUCAUUCUUAGAAAUAUCACAGCAAUGUUCUGCUGUUGGCAAGUUCGUAACUGGAUGCUGGGCAUUUCUGAGUCUGGGGGAAACCCGG